AUGUCUGCUUCCCGGAAAGGGAUUCAACUACUCUUUUCCUGACUUUGUCCAAAGUAGAAGACACUUCAAAGGAUCCAGACCAUCAGAAACAUCAGCAGAUCAACCAUCUAACAUGAACUCCAUGCUAACCACAAGCCAGCAGAAAACAAUCUGCUCCCAGCUGGGAAGAGUCAAACUCCAGCUGCUGUACAAGGCCAGCAUCCAUGGUUUUACCGGCGCAGCCUUCCACCAACGAUGUGACACCCGCUGUCCCACAGUGUCCGUGGGCUAUAACGCUUCCGGUCAUGUGUUUGGAGGCUACACCACACAACCUUUCAGUCAGUCUGGGAAAUACGUGCAUGAUGACCAGGCCUUUCUUUUCACCUUCACUGGAGAAAAGCUCCUCAAACAUCUGGUAACCAGUCCCGCUAAUGCAGUGACAAUGAUGGGUAAGUAUGGACCAUAUUUUGGAGAAGCGUUGAUUCUUGGCUAUGGAAGCAAUGUAGUGUAUAGUAAUCCAGGGAAACACUACAACUUCAACGCUGCAGAAAUGCAUGGCAACGACCUCAAGCUGACGGAGUGUGAAGUCUAUCAAGUGGAGGAAACCACAGAACUUGAAAAGCCAUGGAGGACUAUAAACUGGGAAUCUGAGAAGAAGAAUGAGCUAAUGGAGAGUAUUAAGAUCUACAAACCCACAGUCAGCUCUGUGACCCAUGCUCGGGUCCUGCUCAUUGGACCAGUUGGAGCUGGAAAGUCCAGCUUCUUCAAUUCUAUCAACUCUGUAUUCAGAGGCCACGUCACCGGCCAGGCCAUCGCUGGCUGCUCUACCACCAGCGUCACCACACAGUUUCGCACCUACCCAGUGAAAGCUGGACGAGAAGGAAAACCUCUGCCAAUCACCUUGUGUGAUACCAUGGGAUUGGAGGAAAGUAUGGAGGCGGGGCUUGACAUGGAUGACAUCAGCAGCAUCCUCAAAGGUCAUCUGCCAGAUCGUUAUCAGUUCACGACCUCGGCUCCUCUGCGUUCAGAGGCCAGCGGCUACCGCAAGUCUCCCGAACUCAAGGACCAGAUCCACUGCGUGGUCUACGUCAUUGAUGCCUGCAAGGUCUCCUUCAUGACCACAAAGCUGGAGCAGAAGCUGAAAGCUAUCCGCAGAAAGGUCAACUUAAUGGGGAUUCCUCAGCUGGUCCUGAUGACUAAAGUGGAUGAAGUGUGCCCUUUGGUUUCACAGGACAUUAGGAACAUUUAUAGAAGCGGCUACAUCAGGACAAUGAUGCAGGAGGUCAGCACUCGGGUCGGUGUGCCAAUGUCCUGUGUUGUUCCGGUGAAGAACUACAGCGAGGAGUUUGAGUUGGACCCGAACUGCGACAUCCUACUACUCACCGCCAUCAUCCAGAUGCUUCGCUCUGCUGAUAGUUACUUUGAUGAGCGCAGUGACCGAUUGAACAACAUAGAAAUAAAACUAAAAUUGUAAUGUUCUUCAGGUCAGGUCCAAGAUGGCUCCCACAAACCUACCCUUGUAGUUUCACCAGAUAAAUUAGCUAUUGUUAUCAUGUUCCAUAUUUUCUUAUAGACAGUUUAAAACUCCUUUUUGUUGUUAUUGGAUUUUAUUUAGAUGUCUUUGGGGCCUUCCAACAUUAAUCCAUAAUUAUAGAAACUUUAUGCAGUUGAUUAUCUAUAAACCAAAUCUGAUUAAACUGAAACUUUCUUUCUAUAGUUCCGUCCAAAAAUGUGGAAUUGUAUGCCACAAAAGCUUGAUUGGGUAGUCGGAUGGCUGAGAGCACUGCUCUAUAUUUUGCAUGUAUUUCAUGCUUUUAGAUUGUAAGAAGUCCUCUUUACAAAAAGAUGCUAUUUUGUAGGGUUUGCAAAACAAAAAGUCCUGUUUUGAACAUGGACAACAAAAGGCUGUUCAAUGGUUCAAACAGAGACACAGAUACCUCUGAGCAACAGUUGAAUACGAAUAACAAACCAAGUCACUUAAAAAUAAAUUGGAAGCAUAGAAUCAAAAUGGGCAGAUUUACAUAGGAACAGGCUCCUGUUUCAGUGUCAGGAGCACAAUAAUGCCCUAAUAUGUUUUAUCUUGUAAAAUGUCCGUUAGACCUCAAGAACUCCACACUGAACUUCUGUGGGUCCUCAGCAAUGCACCCACCACGUGUGAAGUCGAUCACAUAAACAGUUGUCGAGCAAAUCAAAAGACAAAGACAUCUUUCCAUUUCAGUUAGAUUUUAAAAUUGAAGAAAAGAAGAAAAACAAAUAUAGCAGGUGAUUCCAAACUUUUGAACAGUAUUGUAUGUCACCUAGACUUAUCAGUAGCUGCUUAACAUUAUGCAUCCUGGUACAAAACAUUAUACUGCAGUUAAUACUCUGUGUGCUGCAUGGACACGAACAGUGUCAACACCAAACUGCCAUCGACGUUUUCCCUCAAGUCCUUCCAGCGCCUGUUUUCUUUCCCAUCAAGCUUUGUACUAAGAAUUACUUUUCUUAACAUUUCUUUGAUGUUUCUCAGAUGUUUGCAUUGUCAGCCAAAAGCACUUUUGUUAAGUUGCAUGUAAGCUUGUGCUGUAGCUUGACUAUACAUCCCAUGUAGAUCCUUUAUCAUUCGUAAAAUGUAUAAUUCCAGUCAGUAUUUUGUUGCUCAAUAAAAGCUCAAAGUG